CCUCUUGGUGAAGUCGAGGACGGGGUUAUUUUCAAAAUGGCCGCCAACCAGGCUGAAAGUCAGCUACGCAUUUCAUGGCACGACAGUGCAUGGAUUCCGAGACUAAAUGGAGAAAACGUGCUAGAAUACUUUUGCCAGAGGACCAAUCCUUUCUAUGAUAGAACUUGCAAUAACGAAGUGGUCAAAAUGCAGCGUCUAGACCCGGCUCAACUGCAUUUGAUGACUGGGGUUGAAUAUGAAUUGAUCCAUGGUCAAGAUCCAAUUCUUUAUAUCAUUAGAAAGCAGUACAGACAUUCUUCAGAUCAAGUGACUUUUCUGUCUUUAUACUAUAUUUUGGCUGGUAUUGUUUAUCAAGCACCUGAUUUGGGAUCAGUCUUGAACUCAAGGCUUCUUUCAACAGUGCACAACCUUGAGCUUGCUUUUGAUGAAGCUUUAUCAUAUUCAAAAUAUACACCGUCAAAAGGUUAUUGGUGGGACUUCAAUGAUGCUUCGCUUGAUGACAAUGCUGCUCCAAAAAGGAAACAGAAGAAGAGUGAGCCAAGCUCCUUGUUUCAGAGAUUUCGUGUUGAUCAGCUUCUAGGUGAUUUCCUCAACAAAUUUCCACCAAAGGUUAUACAGCCAAGGCAGACCGGUGCUCCAGAAGACUCAACGAGCUCCAACGCUGAAGAAAUUACGGAGCAGGGUAACCAAGGCAAGCCUAUCUCGUUGGAACCAACCGGGUCAAUGGAACCACCCACAAGUAAUCAACCACAACGAGGCAACCAACCAAACACCAUUGUAACAAAAAACAUAAACAAUGAUGCUCCCUCGCCGUCACCUGCUCAAGGGACUCCGAAAGCGAGCACAUCUUUGGCAGAUGUCAAACCAGUGGCAUCACCCCCAACCAAAAAGAAAAAGACGUAA